AUUGUAAUUUAAUCUGAGCAGCCACGAAAAAUAGGUCAACUGGUCAAGGUAAAGACGUGUUUUUGUGCUUUAUGUGUGUAUAUCAUAAGCAUGGCAAAAUUACAGCUUGUAUACUUUCAAGCAAGGGGGCGUGGUGAGUCUAUAAGGACUCUUAUGGUUGACAAUAAUGUGGAUUAUGAGGAAGUUGAUUGUGGACCAUGGGAAAACUGGAAGAAAAAUUGGAAAUCAAAGAUGGCGUUUGGCCAGUGUCCAUAUGUGAAGGAUGGAGAUGUUGAGGUUGUACAGUCCAAUGCAAUCCUGAGAUAUCUAGCUAGAAAACUGGAUUUGUAUGGUUCAAACAAUAAAGAAGCAACAAGAGCGGACAUGAUUAAUGAUGGAGUGGAAGAUCUUAGAAAAGAAUAUCUAAGAAUGAUUUAUCAGAACUAUGAGGAAGGAAAAGGUCCUUUUAUUGAAGAACUUCCAGGAAAACUGAAGUAUUUUGAGAACCUAAUGAAAGGUGGUGAUUAUAUACUGGGUAGCAAGAUUUGCUUUACGGACUAUAAUCUGUUUGACCUUUUGGACUGCCUGGUGACCUUAUCUUCCCCCUGUCUGGAUGCUUUUCCUACACUCAAGGCUUACUAUGAUCGCAUGAUGAACAGACCAGGAGUCCAGAAAAGAAGGGCAACAGAACACUUCAAAGGACUUAAAAUCAACGGAAAUGGGAAACAGUGAAUAAAACUUUGAGAGAGGAAGAAAGGCCAUAGACGUCAAGUGAUUGGAUCCAUUAAAUGAAUAUUAAUGUAAACUGAACAAUGCAAACUCAUUUGUAGAGUAUAAACAAGAGUUUUUUUUUAAUCUGGUUGUACUAACCUUGAAAGAGAACUUGGAAUUUUAUUUGGAAAUUCAUGUAUUUCAUUUGAACCAUCAUUUGCUUGUAUAUAACCAUUUACAUGUACUUGAAGUUUUGUCGAUAAAAUGUGUUCAAUAUA